AUGCUUCUGAGCGACGCCAUGUGUAUUCAUCAAUUGAUAUUACUUCGGCCAGGAGAAGCCACAGUGACCGAAGCCGACGGCAACGUCAGCGGUAUGGCGUACCUUGCAGCAUCCCCCAGCAAAUGUCGUCUGCAUCGACCCAGAUCGUCGCCUCCCAUCCGCCAGUCGGAAUUGACACAAAAGUUUCCGCCUCUGACGGCACCUUCAAGCACUGACCGUCAGUAUCAGAGCGAUUUUCUCGAAGUUGCAAAUCCCAUGAAAUGCGUAUCUCACGAGGUCCCGGUUCACCUGUCGGUUCCCACAUUUCAGAUUGAAUCGGCUCGGUUGAUAUCAUGGGUUCGCUGGUCGCAGCUGAAUCGAUCUGCAAACAAUGUUGGCAUUGCGACGCUGCCAUCGACUGAUCGCCAGCAGUGUGGCUUUCGGAUCGCCAGCAUUGUUUCUGUUGCAGAUCCAAAAUCCUCGAUGCUCCAGGAUUCUCCCCAGCGAGAUAGAAUCAAUGUUCUUAUUGUCUCCAGCUCCGAGGAGCCCCUGCUUUCAGAUCUCCUCGGCGCUGCUGGCCGUGUUAAACGGUUUUCUACCUGGAAAUGCGGGUAUGAUGGCAAGCGUGAGUCGUUGUGGAGUACCGAGCAGAAGCCUGAUGGAACUUGCCAUGUCCGAGUGAUGAACAACGCUGUCACACGGCCCUUUCCGACCCGCUCAACCGAGCUGAAAGUGACGGCCGACUGUGCCGUGUGGGGGACAUAUACUCUGCAGGAACGCGACCCACCCCAGUGCUCGUCUUCACUCUCUAUCCCCCGGCCAAUACAGUCUAUUGCCGGCAAAUUCGACGUUUCGAUAGCACUUCAAUUGGCCGCAAGCGACGCACGACACGACGCGGAGCUAUCGGCCGCCACCCUUCGGCGCAGCAUUCACACUCAAACGGCACAAGAACGAGCCUUUGGCGAGGAAUUGGUGGAGGUAGUUUCUAUAUUUGCACGCAGCGUCGAAGGUUCAAACUUUCAACCGAAUGCCAAGGGCUCUUUCAGUCAUACUUCUCGGCUCUGCGGAGAUCGUUGGGCAGUGUCCAUAUUGGAUACGAGCCAGCCUUCAACACCAUCCAAGUUUGUAGCCAUCGUUUGCGUUGUUUGCAUCGUCCGCGCCGAUUGA